AUGGCUAUGGGAGGUCAGGGUCCUUGGGCCGUUGCAGUCAUGUGGGUUGUCACGGUCGUGGCCUUCGUCUUCGUUAUCCUCCGCGCCUACACACGGAUCAAAGUGGUGCAGAGUUACGGCGUCGACGACCACGUUUACAACUUUGCAUUCCUCCUCCUUGUGUGCUACACCGCGGCAACUACGGUCUCGGCUCACUAUGGGUUCGGGCAAAGGGUCGCCGACAUAGGGGACCUGGACGACCUUGCCAAUACCAUUCUUUUUGAGGCUAUCGGGCAAACAUUUGCCGUUGUCGGCAUGGCCGUGGCAAAGUGGUCGCUGGGUCUUUUCUUGUUGCGGUGGUUUCUGCCAUAUCAACACGACCCCUGUCUCGUUUACUUUGUGCAUCCUCUGCGUUAUAGCCGAUUUCUUUUUCGCAUUAUUCCCCUGGCUGUUUCUCUGGCAGCUGCAGAUGAACCAACGCGAAAAGAUGGUCAUCGCAAUAAGUCUGAGCUUGGUGAUACCUGUAGCGCCGGGGCAUGCGGCAUCAAGCGCACCGUCGAAGUCCCCAGUCUCUCCAGCGCCGACUAUCCCUGUAAGCACCCACUACCUCCCUCCUGCCGUUGCAGGCUCAACGAUCCUCUUCUAACGCUAGGCCACAAAACAGACGAUACAGUCGGCCUCAUCGUCUGGUCGGCCGCCGAGAUCGCCGUCACCAUGAUCUGCAUCGGAAUCCCCAUCUGCCGGCCGCUCUACAAGCAGUGGCUCGACCGCGUCCUCAGCUACGGAUCAGGCAUCGGGUCGGGCGGGUACCAGAAACAAAAGGGACAGGGUCAAAGCGGUGAGAUCAAUUCCCAUCGCGGGUUCGGCCUUCGCACUUUUGGCGGCAGCACCAUGCCGGGGAGGGCGCACCGCAGCGCCGAGCCGAACGCGGCCCCCGACAGCUCGAGCGAUAUUGCAUCGGACACGGAUAGCAAAGACGGUGCGGGCGGGGCGGGGGCCGUUGGCUCGUCGGGUCAGACACACAAGAGGGGCCCGCCGGGAGACAACCUGGGCGCGGGAGCUCCGUUCCAUGAGGCUACGGUUGUCGGCGGGCUGGAGUGGAACGGGAGCGAGGAGGAGAUUCUGGGGGCGGAUUCGAGGGGGGGGGGGCGGCAUGAGCGAUGUCGAGUCAGGGAAGGGGCAUAG